AAGGACCGCGGGAUCUGAUUUAACUUGCAAGAUGAACUUUCCUAGUCUUCUCUUGGCGGGAGUAAGGUGGAGAUGCUGUCCAGCUCCAUUGAGGUCAUCCCUAUUCCAAGCCCUACAUAGUUCCUGCUGUCGGGAAAAAUCAACUGCACCUACGAAAAUUAUUCCCAAUGUUGCUUUUUGUGGUGAAAAUACAAAGGAGUCUGGAAAUGCGCUUGACAAGUUCUUCUCUUCGGAGCAGCAGGCUUCCAUCUUGCGUGUGUUAAACACGGCAUCAAAUAAAGAACUUGAAGCUUUCAAAUUGCUUCGUGGAAGAAAGGCCACCAAUAUUGUAGAGCACAGAGAAAAGUUUGGGCCAUUUCAGAAUUUGGAGAGUUUAAUGAAUGUACCCUUAUUCCAGUAUAAAACUACCAUUCAAGUUUGUAACUCCAUUCUUUUUCCAGAGACUAAAAAGAAAAAAAGAAAAUUACAGGAAAACCGGCUCUUGGGAAAGCUCAUCAAACCUGACAUAGGAAGAGAGAGACUUAAGGCACUUAAUAGUAUCGUAUCUAUUGUUUUUGGUACUCGGAGAAUUGCCUGGGCUCACCUUGAUCGUAAAAUGGCAGUGCUUGACUGGCAGCAGGAUGAACGUUGCAGGAUGAUGAAAGGAACAUACCUGUCAUCUGUGUAUUUAGAAGAGAUGUCUUUAGUUGUUUCAAAGAUGCCUAAAGCCGAUUUCUAUAUACUGGAAAAAACAGGACUUCCAAUUCAGAACUCAUCGCUGUUUCCUAUACUGUUGCAUUUUCAUAUUGUGGAAGCCAUGCUGUAUACCUUAUUAAAUAAAACAUUUGCCCAGGACGGCCAGCACCAGGUGCUGAGCAUGAACCGAAAUGCCGUGGGGAAGCACUUUGAACUAAUGAUCGGCGACACGAGGACUAGUGGAAAAGAACUAGUGAAGCAGUUUCUCUCAGAGUCUGUGCUGAAGGCAGAGCCUCGAGUAUUCUUCCCAUCGGAUAAGGUAGUCCAGUACAGACAGAUGAUUUCAUCUACUGAACAAAACAGAGUAGAAGAGUUAUAUGAUUCAUUAUUACAAGCUAUUGCCUUCUAUGAAUUAGCAGUUUUUGACACUGAGCCUUAAAAUUAUGAGGUUAAUGUAUCAUCUGCUCUAAUGUUAUAUUAAUUUAUAUUUAUUACCUCUAAAGCUGUAAAACAAAUUGUUUUUGAACAUCUGUAUUAAUGCAUGAGAAAACAAAUUUGAGUGUAUUUUAGAUGUUUAAAGUCAGACUUCAGGCUAUUGAGUGGUAUAUACAAUAAUGCUAAGCCAAGACCAAGUCAAUAAAUAUUUUUUGAGAGUCUGUGCCUUUUAGGUUUAAGUGUUAAACAAUAAAAUGCUCCCUAAAGAGCUGAAACAAGAAACAAAGUUCUCACCUCUUAAAAGCAAAUACCAUCUAUACUGAAGAGUUACAUCAUUACUAUAUUGAAAGGUGAUUGAUAACCUAACUUACGGAAUCAUCUUC